UUAAGUGUAUUUAUUAAGUAUUAUUUAUUUAUUUUUAUCUCAUAAUUUUCCUUUUAUUAACCUUAGUAUACCUUUUAUUACCUUAGUAUACAUUAUAAUAUUUUGCCAUACAAUUGAGUAUUCAAAUUCCUGCAUGAAAAAAUUAAGUAUACGUUUUACAAAAUGUCUAUUUUCUACAUACAAUUUUAUUUUUGACUUCAAUAAGAACUAAAUUGUAUUUAUUAUACAAAUUGAUAAUACGGUUAAUGUCAAGAUAAGUAAAAAUGCAGAUAACUAAAUUUCUUACAAUUUGAAUUAAAUAAUAUAAUAUUAAUACUUAGCUUGUUCCAGUUUUAUACAUUUUAAUAUUUAAUGCUCUACUUUAAGAUAUAGUUUUAUCCUGCAUAUAGAUAAUGAAGAUUGCUUGCAAUAAAAGAUAUGUAAAUGUUCUAAAGAUUGUUUAUAGUUGUCGUCCGUGAUAUAGAUUAUAAAAAGUAACACAGAAUAAUUGUAUAGUAUAAUUACAAAAAUAGAUUUGCACAUUUUGUAAAUUUAGUAAUGCCAUUAAUCUGAAACCAAAAACCAUAGAGAAAAGUGUCUAUAAAGUGUCUAUACAUUAUUAAGUAUAUAUAAAAUUAUUUUAUAAACCAAAUUAUAUUUACUUUGUAAUUUGACUGAGGCAAAUGUAUUAUGACUUGCUCUUAUAUUUGGUUAAUUAGUUGGUUGGAUUUUAUAAGUUCUGUUAAUAAACAUAUAUGAUUCUUAAAAUGUAAACAUUACAACAAGGAGGGGAAAGGGCUUAAUGAUGUUUGAUCAAUAAUCUCUUUAACAUGGCAACCAAGUUAGUAAGUGGAAGUAAUAUAGAUUAUUCAAUUUGGAAAUCUUUAUGAUUAGGUUAUUCAAUUCAGCUGUUUAUAAACCAAAUAUAUUACAAAUUAGUUCCUGCCCUAUAACAUUUAACAGUGAACUUUAUUUUAAUAGUUAAUAGUUUUUGUUGUUAUCGUAAUUAUGAAAUCAUUCAGUUCUAAACCGAAACGCGUUGUUCCACCAUUCAGUUCUCAAUCACGACAACCAAAUACUAUCGUAGUCGGACUUCCGCGUUCACGCUUUUAUCAGACUCCAAUUGGAAAUACAACUUUUCGUCGUUACUACGACCGAGGUGAUUUUAUGUUAUCCGUAGACAGUGGUCGUAUUAUGUGGAAAACUUCUUUUGACAAUAUUGAUUAUCAUCACUACUUGCCAAUUUUCUUUGAUGGUUUAAGAGAAGUAGCUUAUCCAUAUCGUGCUGUAGCCGAACGUGGAGCUACAGAUUUACUAAAAAAUGGUACUUCAGACCGUAUAUUGCCCGUGGUGCCACAAUUGAUUAUUCCUAUUAAAUUGGCACUUAACACAGGGCAUCUAGAUGUAGUAAUUACUACUUUAAAAAUGAUUCAGACAUUGGUGACGUCCGCUGAUAUGGUUGGAGAAGCUUUAGUCCCUUAUUAUAGACAAAUAUUACCACUUCUUAAUGUUUAUAAAAAUCUAUAUAAAAAUACUGGUGAUGGAAUAGAUUAUGCCCAGUAUCAACAAGAAGAUGUUGGGGAUUUAGUUAAUAAUACAUUAGAAAUCCUCGAACAACAUGGUGGAACACAUGCUUUUAUUAAUAUAAAAUACAUGAUACCUACUUAUGAAACUAGUAUUGUUAAUUAAAUUAAAUGUAUUAUAAAUAAUAUAUUGCUUAUUGUACACAGAAUAAAUGAUUUUGAAUAUCAUAUACGUUUAUUAUUAAUAAUUUUUCUUCCUUUAUAACACCUUAUUAGAUAUGUAAGUAUUAGGUAUUUGUUGAAUAGAAUAGAUGAAUAUUUUGAG